AUGGUCCGCUCAUGUGACGAACGCCGUCCGGAAUGUUCUCAAUGCAGACGAGUUAGGAAGCCCUGUCCUGGUGUCUACGGGGGUCUGUUCAUGGUCAACGCUGCCGCUCUGCCUGACCAUGCCCCCCUUCAGAGAAUCCCAGUCGAGCCGUCUUGCCAGCCCUUGUAUGAGCAGGCCCUCGUAUCCACUUUUAUUGCUUCAUUUUCCAUAUCGGACUCCCACUCAGUGCAACCCGACUCCUGGACUCAAUACCUUUCCACAUGGGCUUCCUCUCCCAAAGCGCUGGGCUGGUCUAUUAGAGCAACGACGCUUGCCUUUUACGCACAGGUAUCCCAGGAGACGGCUAUAUACCAAGAGGCCAGUCGAUGCUAUGCACAUGCCCUUCGAGGCCAGAGUGUCUCCGUGAACCAGUGCCUGGAGGGGUUCGGUGGUCAAAUAACCGUCCCCUCAAAAGUACCCACCGAAGAGGAUAUCUACGCAUCGCUAAUGUUAAUGUACUACGAAUUGAUCAGCCCGGCUUCUAUAGGUAGCUGGAUCACACACCUGCGAGGAACUGCUCAGCUUUUACUUUUGAGAGGGCCGCAGAACUGCCAGACCGGCGCUAUCCAUCUUGUCUUUCGUUCAGUACGAUUGUUGCUCGCUCAAGCAUCCAUUACAAUCCAGGAGCAGUCAUGUUUUGCCUCUCCAACCUGGUGCGAUAUGCCGUUCGCUCUAUCCAAGAAGACCGCACUGGACAUUCUCCUCGACGCGAUGCACGAGGUGAUCGAAUUACUUCGCUUGGGACAGAUUGAAAGGUGCGGAGAUAAAGAACGACUGCAUCCCCUAAUCUCUCGGUUGGAAAGCCUUGCGCAGACGGUCACCAAGAGCGAAAGUGUAUACCUCCACGAAUUCCAUGCAUCCUACUCGACCCAGACUAUCGCUUCAAACUGUCUCGCGUUCCAGUUGAUAGAAGUCGAGAGACUGGAUGAUGGGAUGUGGCUCGGUGGCGGCGACUUCCGCUCCGCUAUUCCAGCCGUGAUGUUUCACACUAUUCGAAUCUUGAUGGAUCAUCUCCGGCGUCAGACAACGGAUGAAGACUAUUUCGCGGAGGAGUCCACGACUAGGUGCUCCGUUUUGCUACAGUUUGCGCACGGUCUCUUUCAACGUGAUCUAUUGGGUAAAUUGAACGAGGGAUCGUGUAUGCAGCUUGUGUUUCCGUUGGAGGUAGUACGGCGGUAUAGUCUGUGUGAAACGCAAAAGGUGCAAGCUAGGAUCUACCUUGAUCGAUUGGGUUGGAAAGAAGAGCCUUAA